CAGCGCCGCGCGAGCAGGCCGAGCCGGAGGGGAGGCCUUGAGCUCGCGGCCCGGCGAGGGCGGCCGCGGCCCCAAGCCCCGCUCCCGGACGCCGCACGGCCCAGCCGAGUGGCGACUCCCGAGGAGGGGACCCCGGCGCCGGGGGAAGGGAAGAGAGGAGGCCGCGCCGAGGGGAGGCGGCGAGCCCGCGGGCCCGGAGGCCUCGGCCGCGUCACAGCACCCACAUGGCCUCCGGAGUGGGCGCGGCCUUCGAGGAGCUGCCUCACGACGGCACGUGUGACGAGUGCGAGCCCGACGAGGCUCCGGGGGCCGAGGAAGUGUGCCGAGAAUGCGGCUUCUGCUACUGUCGCCGCCACGCCGAGGCGCACAAGGAGAAGUUCCUCAGUCACCACCUGGCAGAGUACAUCCAUGGCGCCCAGGCCUGGACCUCGCGAGCCGGCGGGGAGGGGGCCGGGAAGGAAGAGGUCGGGGCCAAGGUGGAGCAGGACGGGGAGGUAGAAAGCGAGGCGGGGGAAGAGAGCGAGUCGGAGGACAGUGAGUCGGAGGAAGAGAGCGAGACGGAGGAAGAGAGCGAGGACGAGAGCGACGAAGAGAGUGACGAGGACAGUGAGGAAGAAAUGGAGGAUGAGCAAGAGAGCGAGGCGGAGGAAGACAACCAAGAAGGAGAGUCGGAGGCAGAAGGGGAAACCGAGGCAGAAAGCGAAUUCGACCCAGAAAUAGAAAUGGAAGCCGAGAGAGUGGCCAAGAGGAAGUGUCCAGACCAUGGGCUGGAUUUGAGCACCUAUUGCCAGGAAGAUAGGCAGCUCAUCUGUGUCCUGUGUCCAGUCAUUGGGGCUCACCAGGGCCACCAGCUCUCCACUCUAGAUGAAGCCUUCGAAGAAUUGAGAAGCAAAGACUCAGGAGGACUGAAGGCAGCCAUGAUAGAAUUGGUGGAAAGGUUAAAGUUCAAGAGCUCAGAUCCUAAAGUAACUCGGGACCAGAUGAAGGUGUUUAUACAACAAGAAUUUAAGAAAGUUCAGAAAGUGAUUGCUGAUGAGGAACAGAAGGCACUUCAUCUAGUGGAUAUCCAGGAGGCAAUGGCCACAGCUCAUGUAACUGAGAUACUGGCAGACAUUCAGUCCCAUAUGGAUAGGCUGAUGACUCAAAUGGCCCAGGCCAAGGAACAACUUGAUACCUCUAAUGAAUCAGCUGAGCCAAAGGCAGAGGGUGACGAGGAAGGACCCAGUGGUGCCAGUGAAGAAGAGGACACAUGAAGGCUUGCCAUCAGAGUGGAAAAUCACCCCUUCCCUUGUAUGUGUGUGACAGCGUGUGUGUAAUGGCUUCUGAUUUCUGUGAAGGCUGCCCAGCAACAAAUGUACUUCCACUGGAUAUGUCCCCAGAUCCAUAGCAGGCACAUAUCUCUCCAAGGAAUGACCAGUUUUAUGCUUACCAUGUACUUCUCAUUCUCUUGUUGCAGUAGGUCAAGGAAAGAGCCCUUUUGAUCAACCAGGAGCAAUUGAAAAGGGUCUUUCAGGGAACUCCUUAAUGGCUGCUUUGAACUGACUCAGGAAAGCUAGCCCCUAUAAUAUUGUGUAAGUCAACAGUAUACUUCAUUAGGAAGGACCUGGACUAAUCAUGAAAGGAAGUCAGAGCUUUUUGCCUACCUACAAACAAAAAACCUACUUUGUUCAUACUGAAGCAUGAAACACAUGAGGACAAAGUGGGGCCUUAUUGACUCAUGUCCACAGUCUCUAAAUAGUCCAGUUCUACCUUUGUGAAAUGUGGUGCCGUGAAUUAGGAUGGAUGGCCUGAAAAUGAGGUUGGAGAAAGAGUUAAAAGCUAGAAAGACACAGAUAUUUUUAGCAUAUGAGGUUAUCCAGGACUUCAGAUUCAUAAUUCAGUGCUAUGGAAAUGAAAAAGAUGAUUGAAGAGGUGGAAAGGAAAUGACCUGGGGGUGGGACACAGAAAAGAGGACCAAAGAAAUCUGAUUAAAAUUUGAAAUCAAUAUUUCUGAAUUUAACUUGCCUGAGUUUCCAAAAUAGUCACUAAAGACUCUGAUAAAACCUGGAUUGUUUAGAUGAGUUCUGCAGGUUUUAUGGGCUUAUCACAACACGAAAGGCUGGAAAUGUGUAUUGCCAAAUGGGAACUUUCAGUGUAGAUUUUUGCCGUUCCCUCUGCCAGGUUAGUUUAAUAUGGCUUAAUUGCAGUAUGGGGAGAAUUCUUGCUACUCUAUAGCUUGCUGAAUUCAGUUCCAUCUCCCAGCAAAUAUCCCUUUAUUUUACAUUAAUUGGAAUCCUUCCCGUGGCACUCCCUACCCACAGACCUUCAGGUCAUCUCUUGCACCCUGGCUCUCUCCUCUUCAGUAACAUGAGCAGAGAUACCCUGGAGCUUAGAUUUCCUGGCCUUUCUCCAUUUCCAAAUCACAAUUUCUUAUAGCAUUAUACCCCCUGGGAAGCAGUGAUGUGCUAGUGAAAUAUAAAAUUGUAAGCUCAAAAGCACGCUUUCUUCCCGAGAUGUCAGUUUUCCUUAACAAAUGGUUUGAAGUCAGGGGAUAACCUUAUUUUUAUAUAAAACAAAGACAGUUAUAUUAUGGAAUAGAAUGUUCAUACACAUAAACUGUUAAGAUAAAAUGAGAGACUUGGAAGAUAAUUCUUGUUUGCAAAUGGGCUGUGUGUUCCCUCCCUCUGCCUUUAGUGGUGUUUCCAUGCUCACUUCUGAGGAACACAAUUGGAACUAUAUCCAAGCCCCUUGGGAUUGUUCCUGCCCAAGGUCCUAAACUUCUAAUACCCCUGAGGCAGAGCCAAGGAGCCUGCCUUUAGGGAAAGCCCUUUAUUCCUGCCUGUCUGCUUGCCUGCCUGUGACCUGUGUGAUAGCUUUGGGGCCAGCUGCUGAGUGUGUGUGCAGGAUAGUUUUGAGGCAGAAACACAACUUGCUUAUAGUAGGAGUCCUGUUUAUAUCAUUUGUAUUUAUGUCAUUGUUCAACACUGUGCAUGUGAUGAAAUGACUUAAUUCCUUUGAGACCAGGAAGCUACCAAGCAUAUAUGCUGCUAGUUAGGGUUAUCCUAGCUCACUGCAUAUGCAAGGAGACUGGGACUGGGAGGAGUUUGAGCUGUUUUUCACCCAAAAAAAAAAAAAAACCUCAAACUGGUGUCCAACAAGUAGCUAAGAUAAUUUUGGUGCUUCAUUUAUCUGUCUGUAAAGACUGGAGAAUUCAGUAUACUGCUAGUUAACAACCUCCAACCAUAUCCACAAAAUCAACCUAAAAGAUGGACCAAUGGCCACUCUUGAAAGAGUUUAAAAUAUCAGAAGAUUUAAAAGACUAGGAUUUGGAAACUUGUAUUGUCUUUCCCCAAUAAUCAUUGUUUGAUCUUCAAAUGGUAUUAGCAAUGGAAAUUGUUUGAUCUUCAAAUGGUAUUAGCAGUGGAAACAUCAUUGGCUCUCCAUACCUGAUCAUAUGUUAUUACUUUAAGUCAGUAUUGGAAAAUCCAAACAUUUAUGCAGUAGAUACCAACAGAAUUGUAGGAAUAUGUGCCAACUUGUCUCAAUAAAUUAUCGUGUCUGUAAUCCUCAAGGAAAGCACUUUUGCUUUUACUUAGAAAGGGUCUCAGAUUUGCUUUAUGGGCUCCUGCUGUCUUCAGCACCUGAUAAAACUUUAACCAGGGAAGCAUUAAACAGCGCAGCAGCUUCUGCCCAGGCUCCUAAGUUCCUGCUGGCAGCGUUUAUCAAUGUACAAACUAGGAUGCUUCCUGCAGUGGCACCAGCUUCCCCCCAGAGCUGGAGCAUGCUGCUUGGCCUUAAGCCCCAGCAUUCUGAGACUUCCCUCCCACCAGGUCAGUAGAAAUGAGAGUGCUCAGAAUUGUGUCCUAACUGGUUGCAGGCAGAAAUCUUUGGGGAGAAGUCAUCAAGGGAUGCAGAUAACGGAUGUCUCCAGAAUGAAUCAGGUACUCACAGCAGUUCCUGGCUGCCUUCCAAAUGUUGGGUUUCUGGAUGCAGAGAGGGAUUUGUCCUUUGAUUUGGUAUCAUUAAAUCCAGGACAAUCCUAAGAAGUGCUUGAACUCUCAGGUUAUUGCCCAGGAAUUCCGGAGAGUAGCCUAUAUUAGGGAUUUACUAUGAGCCAGGCCUUGUACUUACUACACCUUCAUUCUUAGAUGAUAAAACAGGAAGUCAUUGUCUCAUGUUGCACAGCUAGGAAAUAUUGGAGCCAGUUUUGAAUCCAGCUCUCCAGCCUUUCCAGAAAUUCCUUUGUCCCAUCCCACGGGACACCUACAAAUACAGAGGGAGUCAAGAUUUCUGGUUCUCUUGCUGUACUCUGACCAUUAAUUUGAAUUUUUCUCAAAAAGACACUUCAUGGCUAUAGUUUGGGCUCAGAAAUGACAUUAAAGUUGCUUUAUUCCUCUGCUUUAGCAGACGCUUUAAGUACAUAUUGCUAACUUGGGCCUGCCCCUUGCUCCUGAGGGAGCCUUUCCUUUUUAGUGCCAUUUCCCAUAAAUAAGGUGUUUUUCAAAAUAGAAAAAGUGAUGGGUGUUCUGCUCUCUCCUCUAACUUUAUUUAAAAGCAUCUACUACUUUAUUCCUGCAGAAAAGGAAAUCUUUGUAUUUUAGUAAAGGUAAUCUCUCUUCCUGUGCUUUAUUAGGUGAACCAAUUCAAAGUCACAGUAAAUCUAGACUGUCUUAUUGAUACCUGGGGCGGGGGGGUGGAUAUCUAAAUGAUAAAUGUUAUGUGUAUAUAUGUACACGCACACACAAUUUAAGAAUGAAGGGAAGCUCUAAGGAGCCCUUCACUGUUUUGCACGCUACCUUAUUCCCGCCUGAUUACAAGUCCCACCAGAUGAUUGGAGUUUACACGUUCAUUUCCAAGAAGAGUAACUCCCUGGUGGAGGUUUUCAGCUCCUAAAGCACUGAGCCAAGGUGACAGUCCUGAAGGAAAUUUCACUCCAGCUCUCCUCCAUAAUUGUGUUUGUGUGCCUGACCAUUUGGUGACCCAAGCCAUUUUGGUCACUCUACUGGGGCCUGCGGGCUCAAUUGCAGAAUUCACAACCUUGUUGUAGUGGCAGAGCCUAGGAAGUCCUUUCCCCCGACGUAGAAAAUAUCCUCCUCCUGAUUCCUGCAAGUCUGCCCUCAUAUAAUGGCUGUUCAACACAUGCUUUUUAGUUGAAAAUCUCAUUAUGGAUCAAGUCCACCCCAGUCCUAAGAGAAAAAGAAGUCUCACACAGGAGACUCCAGGUCUCAUAUUUUCUUUGCCUAGCAGUGUUUCUUUAACCUGCACCCCCACCCCCACCUCCAACUAACCCAUUCCUAGAGCCAUAAGACCCAGGCAGUUCCUGGGAGGGACAAUAGUACAAUGUGGAAUAUUGGGGACCUGCCAGGUAAGACAGGUUCGUGUGGAAUACUGAGCACACCAAAACAAGGAAGGGACAGAGCAGGAAAUAAAAAUAAAUGAAGACACUGGAGGUACACUGGUACAAAAAAGGCCACAGAACCCAUGCUGGGUUUGAUACGACCAUGAGGGGACAGCACAUUUAUACUUGAUGGGAGUAAAACCUGACUAGUCUUUUUUUACAGUGACAGGCCACACUGCAUGAGUGAGUAGAACCAACAAACCCGUUGUUGUACUCUGCCUGUUUUCCUGUGCAGUCACAUCUCUUCUUCCCCUUCCACCCUUCCACUAAAUAAGGGAACACUCAGUCUUUCAAGGGAAUUACACAUUUGAGUUAAUGUUUCAGUAUAUCAUUUUCAUACUGUAAAUUAUUUUGUAAGAGAGAUUUACUGCUAUCCCAGGAUGUUCAGACUCGGCGCCCCUGUGCAUUUGGAAAUCAAUAAACUAUUACUGGAAAUACCA